ACUAUACCCUCUACAUAUUUUAGUUGCAGCACUGAUGCCGAACUCUUACGUGCUCUUGGCUAUGAAGUAAAGCUGCCUAGUGAUCUGAAAUGCCUAUCCACACAAACAGGCUUCUCUCGGUUCUCCACUGGAGCUGGCGCUGCCCCUGGCUUGCAUGUACACUCCACUCGAUCUGAAUCUUCAACUGGAGAAUACAGGACUGAACCAGGCCGCAAAGAUAUCGUGUAA